CUAUGGUAGCAGGGCUGGGGCCGGUGAUGCCCGGCUGAGCCGCGUCGCCGCCAGCACCGCCGGCGCCAUGGCCGACACGCUGGAGUUCAACGAGAUCUACCAGGAGGUCAAGGGCUCCAUGAACGACGGGCGGCUGCGCCUGAGCCGCCAGGGCGUCAUCUUCAAGAACAGCAAGACGGGCAAGGUGGACAACAUCCAGGCGGGCGAGCUGGCCGAGGGCGUGUGGCGCCGCGUGGCGCUCGGCCACGGCCUCAAGCUGCUCACCAAGAGCGGCCACGUCUACAAGUACGACGGCUUCCGCGAGGCGGAGUUCGACAAGCUGGCGGACUUCUUCAAGGCGCACUACCGGCUGGAGCUGGCCGAGCGGGAGCUGUGCGUCAAGGGCUGGAACUGGGGCACCGUGCGCUUCGGAGGGCAGCUGCUCUCCUUUGACAUCGGCGAGCAGCCCGUGUUCGAGAUCCCGCUGAGCAACGUGUCGCAGUGCACCACGGGCAAGAACGAGGUGACGCUGGAGUUCCACCAGAACGACGACGCCGAGGUGUCGCUCAUGGAGGUGCGCUUCUACGUGCCGCCCACGCAGGAGGACGGCGUCGACCCCGUGGAGGCCUUCGCCCAGAACGUGCUGUCCAAGGCGGACGUGAUCCAGGCCACGGGCGACGCCAUCUGCAUCUUCCGGGAGCUGCAGUGCCUGACGCCGCGCGGCCGCUACGACAUCCGCAUCUACCCCACGUUCCUGCACCUGCACGGCAAGACCUUCGACUACAAGAUCCCCUACACCACGGUGCUGCGCCUCUUCCUGCUGCCGCACAAGGACCAGCGGCAGAUGUUCUUCGUGAUCAGCCUGGACCCGCCCAUAAAGCAAGGCCAGACCCGCUACCACUUCCUCAUCCUGCUCUUCUCCAAGGACGAGGACAUCUCGCUGACGCUCAACAUGAGCGAGGAGGAGGUGGAGAAGCGCUUCGAGGGCCGCCUCACCAAGAACAUGUCGGGCUCGCUCUACGAGAUGGUCAGCCGCGUCAUGAAGGCGCUCGUGAACCGCAAGAUCACCGUGCCCGGCAACUUCCAGGGGCACUCGGGCGCGCAGUGCAUCACGUGCUCCUACAAGGCGAGCUCGGGGCUGCUGUACCCGCUGGAGCGCGGCUUCAUCUACGUGCACAAGCCGCCCGUGCACAUCCGCUUCGACGAGAUCUCCUUCGUGAACUUCGCGCGCGGCACCACCACCACGCGCUCCUUCGACUUUGAGAUCGAGACCAAGCAGGGCACGCAGUACACCUUCAGCAGCAUCGAGAGGGAGGAGUACGGGAAGCUCUUCGACUUCGUCAACGCCAAGAAGCUCAACAUCAAGAACCGCGGCCUCAAGGAGGGCAUGAAGCAGAGCUACGACGAGUACGCCGACUCCGACGAGGACCAGCACGACGCCUACCUGGAGCGCAUGAAGGAGGAGGGCAAGAUCCGCGAGGAGAACGCCAACGAGAGCAGCGACGGCUCCGCCGAGGAGAGCGAUGAGUCCUUCAACCCCGGAGAGGAGGACGAUGACGUGGCCGAAGAGUUCGACAGCAACGCCUCGGCCAGCUCGUCCAGCGGCGACGGCGACAGCGCCCGCGAGGACAGGAAGCCCCCCAAGAAGGCCAAGGUGGCCAAGGAGCGCAAGCCCCGCAAGAAGCCCUCCGAGAGCAAGAAGGGCAAAGACCCCAACGCGCCCAAGAGGCCCAUGUCGGCUUACAUGCUGUGGCUCAACGCCAGCCGGGAGAAGAUCAAGCUGGAGCACCCCGGCAUCAGCAUCACCGACCUGUCCAAGAGGGCCGGGGAGCUCUGGAAGGCCAUGGCCAAGGAGAAGAAGGAGGAGUGGGAGCGCAAGGCGGAGGACGCCAGGAGGGACUACGAGAAGGCCAUGAAGGAGUACAGCGUGGGCGGCCGCUCCGAGGCCUCCAGGGCGGAGCGCUCCAAGAAGAAGAAGAAGAAGGCGGAGAAGCAGGGGAAGGGCAAGGCGGAGAGGAAGGGGGCGGCCGCCCGCUCCGCCUCCUCCGCCCGCUCUCCCGCCAAGAGCCCCGGCGAGAGCUUCAAGAGCAGGGAGUUCGUGUCGAGCGACGAGAGCUCCUCGGCGGACAGCAAGAAGGAGGACUCGGAGGAGGAGGGCGGCGCCAGCGCGGCGCCCAGCUCCGACGACUCCGCGUCCGCCUCGGAUUAGCCGCUUCCCGGCGGGACGCCGGCCCCUUCCCGCCCCGCCGGCGGGCGUGCGCGGCCCCCGGGCCCCUCUCCCAACCCUGUUUCAUCAAUUUAUUUUUUUUAAAUACUCAGGCUCCUU